AUGAACGCUGCCGCCAUCCUCAACGAGAAGAGAUUUCUGCGGAAAUAUGGCCUGGAUUCGGCAGUGGUGGGUGAGAACUUGGGACCCAAGAACCAGGUUGCUAGCUUCCUCCAUGCCAUGCGAACAUUCAUGCGGUACCCCUUGGUAGCGAUGAACGUCCUCGUGAUCAUCUACGAGAUGAUACUUGGGCCACUUGGCCAGAGUAACAUUUGCUGUUGGGGCUUCCUGGUCGAGAGCGCUCUCGAGGUUGCGAAGCACCCGCCCUCCAUCGCGACCAGAUUUCGCCAGCUGCCAGACAUGAGCCCGCUCCAUCUCGGCAGUGUAAAGCAGCUGAACAAAGAGGUGACCUCUGACUUGAAGGUUAGGGCAGCCAACUGCGCCAUGCCGGCUCCUGUGACGCUGGGAGAUGAGGAGAUUCCACAGUUACUGCCAAAGCGUGUUCCGCGAGCGCGGGAGGAGAGGGAGGACCUGAGCAGCCUCGCAGAACCGCUUCUGGAGCUCGCGAAGGGACAGGAGGAGACCUCACCGCUGCCGAACUCCCCGCCCACGCCCCAAGCAUUCUCGUGCGAGCUGCUUGCACGAGCUGGGGAUAUGCGAUCAAAGCUUCAGGGUGAGCUUCGGCCGCCCUCAGCGGAGGUCGACGGCCUCUACGAGACGAGGAGGCUGGCUCAGUUUGACCGCGUGGCUGAAAACUUGCAGGCACAGGAGCUGGACAAGAUCAUCCUGCCCUGCCUCGAGGUUAUGGAAUUUGCGAACCGAUACCUUCGGAUGGAUGCGCUGCUCUGCUUGCUUCACAUCUCCAUGGGCUGCCUUCUUCCGGAGGCCCCCGUGGACGAGCUGGGGCCGGCCAUGCGCCGAAACGCGGCGCUGCUGGCUGGGGGCUUGGGCCAUCAGCACGCGCUGUCCCACGCUGAUGAUGACAUGGUGAAGGUGACGAUUGGCAAGGCGGAAGACCCCUGGUGUGAGAUUGAUCUCACCGAGGAGGAUGUGGAGGAUUGGCGGAAAGGAGUCGAUAUCACGGAGGAGAAGCUCAAGGAGGUGAUCCAGCUACCUCCCAUCACUCUGGACAACUGCCAUGAGCGGGAGGACGGCGAUCUCCAGUGGGAUGAGAUCACUUUCGAGGAGGAGGUGAACGGCAAGUACUGGCAUGCGGUUAUCAUGUCCCUGCAUCGCAUCCGGGAAGACUUCGUGAAGAAGCAGCGGAAGAUGAAGCACUUGGACUGGUACAUGACGAUGAAGAAGACCAGCGACAGGAGGAACGCCAAGUAUUACGUUUGA